UGCUCAAAACCUUGGUUAAAUUUAACCACUGGUUAAGCUAACCAGUGGGUAAAUUUACUAUCCACUGGGUAUCUAAACACUGGUCAAAAUUCUGUUGCUCAAAGUGAGUUUAGCCCUAGGACUUACUAACCAACGGUUUAGUACUUUAACCAGUGGUUAGUAUCCCACAAUGCAACAUCUGUCGUCUGUAUAUGUAAACAAUAAUGGCUACCAACACAAACAAAAAACGAAGUGAGAAUUUCUCACCAGAGGAGACACUAUUUCUAGUGGAACUAGUUGAAGAACAUUUAAGUUUGCUCAAGUCUAAACAGACAAACCAAGUUACUAAUGCUAAAAAAGCUGCUGUGUGGCGACAUAUUACGGACGCUGUCAAUUCCAGAGGGUCGGGGGUAGUGCGUUCGAUAGACCAGGUAAAGGAAAAAUAUAGAAAGGCCUGCUCGAAGGCAAAAGUGGAGAAACACCUCCAGAAGACUCACCGUGUCAAAACCGGAGGCGGUCCGCCUCCUCAGCCAAUUGAUCCGGUGUCGCAAAAAAUAUUAGAUAUCCACCACGAUUCCCCCAACUUUAUUGGGAUCGGGGGAGGAGUUGAGGUCGGAGGCCUCAUAAUCCAAGAAGUACCAGCUAUACCUACAUGUAUGUUAGAGAAAGCUGAGAGUUCAGGUUUUCAAACCAUCAAUGAAGAGACAGUCACCUUUGAAGGCCAAGGUAGUACAGAGACAAUUCUUCAACUCCCAGAAAAUUUGGAAGGGACAUCUGUAACAUAUGAUGUUACAUUAUCAAGUUCUGGGACCUUGAUCAGCUCAAAGAAUAAUGAAACAGGUAAAACAAAGAAGAGGAAAAUUGGUCAGGAAAGUCUGCAAGAUCUUCAGAAAAGUGUAUUGAGAGAGGAUAGGGAGAGGAUCUUGCUAAUGAAAGAACUUAUUAUAUUGCAGAAAGAAAAAGUUGCAUUAGAAAUUAAAAAACUGCAGAUGGAAUUACCAUCUAAGCCAACAGAAAAUGAGAUGUAGUAUAUUAAGUGGCUCGACACACAGUAAAAUUCACCUGUAGUAAGCUAUUCUGAUCAUGUUGUCUGUCAUCUGUUUGUCUGUAAAAUUUCCACAUGUAUAUAUAUAUGUUAGUCAUAUUGGUGUUGCUGGAUCUCUUUGUUAUGUGAAUUCAUUUUCAGUUAUGUUGUGAUCCUCUGGGGCUAGGUUAAGGGCACAAUAUGGGGGUAAAAAUGUUAUGGGAAUAAAUAUUGAUGAAAAAAAGUUUUUUGAAAAUCACAACAGGUAAACAAUGACAGGUUGAAGGUGAAUCAGGUGAGCAAUGAGGCCCAUGGGAUACCUCACUUGGGGGUGGAGUUAAAAGUAGCAAUUAUACUGACUAUAAUUAAAAAUAAUUUUGAACAAUGAACUGUCUGACAUUGUUGUUUCUUGGUUCCACUACAAUAUUAUCUGAAACAUGUGGCUCAUCUGAAUGUUCACACUCCAAAUCAUCCAUACAAUCUUUCCUCUCUAAAGCAAUGUUGUGCAGCACAGCACAAGCUACAAUUAUUUUUGCAGCACGAUCCGGUUUACACUAGAAAAGAGAACACAUGAAAAUCUAACAUGUAAAAAUGCACAAUUUCAUAAUACAAUGUAAAUUAAUUUAAAACAUUGAUCUCUCAACUUUUAAAUAAAUUCGAAAUUGAAUGCAGUUCCAAAUAGUUUGUGAAGCAAGCAUUUGGAAAAAAUAGUAAAUUUUAUUUACAAUUUGAUUUAUCAUUGAAGAGUUGUCAAACAAAUAAAGUACAUAGCAUGUGCAUAUCGAAAUACCCUAAUUUCUCCAUGAAGGACCAUAAAUCGUCGCUUCAGCCACCCGAAACUUCGCUCAAUCACUGCCCUUGUGUGUGUAUGUGCAUCAUUGUAUUUCAUCUGAGACCUACAUAAUACAUUUGACGACAAAUACAACUUUUCUCGUGAGGUAAUUGUAUUGAAAUAUGAAAUCGAUAAUUUGAAUUGAGGAAUUGACUCCAUAACAUUUCCUCUCUUGAAUUAGGAAAUCUCAGCAUCUGAUUCUGGUUUGGUCUUAAAUUAACCCCCACCCCCCCACCGGAACUUGAAUCACUUACUCAGUCGUGGGUCGUAGAAAGGGAGUCACCAGAUAUUUGCUGCAUGCAUAUCCACUGUCACCAAUCAGUAGUCCAUCCACAUCAAUCCCUUUAUGAUGCGCUUCGAAAUAUGUUCCAAUAUUUGAUUCUCGAAAAAUAAAAGAAUCAUGGUUGGACCCUGGCCACUUGGCAACAAUGUUGAUAAAUCGGCCUGUAAGUAAGGAAAAGGAGUAAAGGUGGGGCUUGCUUGAAGUUUCAUUAUUUUACUACCAGCAGGACAGAAAGUUGGGUUUUGUUGUUGUUGUUUUUGGGUUUUUUAAAAAAAUAUAUAUUUAUGUAAUUAUGAUAUAUAUGCAUAAAAUUAAGUCAAGUGAAAGCCAAAAUUUUCAGCCAGUUUGGGUGUCCAAAGGGGUAAGGGGGACUGCAUGGCUCCUCUCAAAAUCUGCCACCACUGAUAAUGACCGUAUGUGGUUUUUCAUAUGUAAGCAAAGGUAUAUUGGGUGACCCACUAUUUUUUAUAGUUGCUAGUAGGUAUGAAUGAGAACAAGAAUAUAUGCUUGAAAGUUCUGAAUUGUAAUGUCAGUAAUGAAGGAGCACACCCACCCACCCAACCAAAAAUUAGACAGUAUAAGUUGAUGAAAUAUUCACCUUAAAUCCGCCACUGGUUUAGGCACAUUAACAUUCCUCAUACGAUGCUACUACAUGUACGUGCCGAAAAUACAAGUAAUGCAAUUAUUCAGUGAUGAUACUAUCGCCAACUAUAUAGUACACAUGUGACAAAUUAUGUAUUUACAUAUAUAAGUAAGUGAAGUAAAGUGGGGGGGGGGGGGGAUUUACAGUUGGAGUGAAAGCUCAUUUUUUACCGGAAGUGGGAAACACUAUUCUCUCUUUCAUAGGCCUACAAGUUGUCGACACGGAUAGACUGUGUUUCUCCACUGUUAAAGGUUUAUGUGAGUCAUUGUGUAUUUUUGAAUAUUAUGUUGGUGAAUAUGAAUUUUUAUAUCAAUGUUUAGUGGUGAUAUACCGGUAUAUUAAUUUCAAAAGUUAUUAUGAAUGACAUAAUUGAUAUUCAAAUUCAAUAUCAUGAAAUGUAUGACCUGUCUUCAUUAUCUCAUGAACAUUUAAUUAUUUAUUUUAGGAAUACUAAAUACAAUAUAUUGAAGAAAGAUAAAAACUUGGAUAAACUAUAAUCACCUUCAUGAUUACAUAUGGCCUGUGUGUUUAUUGAAUGGAAGCCUUUCCGGUUCACAUACACGGGCUCAUGCUCACUGGGGCCCAUGAUGCGGACGUGGGUACCAUCGAUAGCACCAAUCACACCAGGAAAUUUGGCAAUGGCAUAAAAGCCCUUCUUGAUGUUGGACUUCUCUCCUUCUGUGGAUGGCCACUUUAUAAAACGUGAGGCCAAAUCGGUCAGGGCUUGGGAUACAUCCUGGAUACUUCGAGAAACACUUGACUUGUGGAAACCCAGUGUAUCGCCUAUAGUUUUCAUGUUAUCACCUGUAGCGUAAUAUCGUAGAGCCAUCUCGACCUGACUGAGAGCUGACAAGGAAUAUGAGCGCAAUGUUGGACGGCACAACUCGGGUUCUAGUAGAUCAGUGAUGAAAUUAACUGACUCUUUACUAAACCUAUACCUUUCUUUGUAUUCACUGUCAUUGAAAUCGUGAUUAAAAUGUCUGUAAACUCU